CGCGGUGGUGCGGGCAGGGGCUGGAGGCCGCGCCCGCGGGGCCUGUCUCCGCCGGGGGGAAGCGGCCGCGGGGCGGGCUGGGCCUCGCCAGCACCUCCGCCUGAGCCCGGGGGCGGCGAGUGGCCGCCGGUGGUGGCCCUCAGAGCGGCCGGGGGCCGGCGCCGCCGGACCGGGGAGUGCCGAGCGGUGCCGGGCCUGGGGGAGCCGCCGGCGGCGGGGUCCCUCCCCUCCGUCGACCGCGGCGCCUCUCGGCGAGGGAGGGGGCUUUGGGCGUCCCCGGCAAUCUCUGGCCUUAAAAACUUUGUGCUGCAAACGCGGAGUUGCCUCAGGUUGAAAAUAUGCGUGGGUAGAGGGCGACAGUGAAAGUGUAAGUGCAAUGCGAAGUGGCUCCAUGGCAAAGCUGCUAUGAGAAGGGAAAAAAUUUUUUUUUCAGGUCACUUAUUUAUUAGGCAGGCAUGCUUUUUGCUUCACAAAGCUUCUGUUGCCUUGGCGUUAGAACAUACCAACUACGAAGAGCUUUGAUUUCCAGAUCCAUCACACUUUCAGCCUCUGCAGUCUUGCAGACAAUGGCCUUCAGACACAAAAACACAAGACGAAUUGAAGGCCUCGAUAGCAAUGUGUGGGUUGAAUUUACAAAGGUGGCAGCAGAUCCCUCAAUUGUUAAUCUUGGCCAAGGCCUUCCUGAUAUAUCCCCUCCAAGCUAUGUUAAAGAAGAGCUGGCAAAGGCAGCGGCAGUUGACAGACUGAACCAGUACACACGAGGCUUUGGACAUCCGUCGCUGGUGAAAGCCUUGUCUCAAGUGUAUGAGAGAGUUUGUGGAAGAAAGAUUGAUCCUCUCACAGAUAUCCUGGUGACCGUGGGAGCUUAUGGAUCUCUCUUUAGUGCAAUACAGGCAUUAAUUGAAGAGGGAGAUGAAGUAAUAAUAAUAGAGCCAUUUUAUGAUUGUUAUGAACCAAUGGUAAAGAUGGCGGGUGCAAAGCCUGUUUUUAUCCCACUGAGAUAUAAGAAUGAUGGAAACUCUGCAUCUAGUGCUGAUUGGGUCUUAGAUCCUGCUGAACUUGCAAAUAAAUUUAAUUCCAAAACAAAAGCAAUUAUUCUGAAUACACCUCACAACCCUAUAGGCAAGGUGUUUACCAGAGAAGAGCUCCAAGUAAUAGCUGAUCUCUGUAUUAAACAUGAUACCCUGUGCAUCAGCGAUGAGGUGUAUGAAUGGCUGGUGUACAAAGGAAACAAACACAUUAAAAUAGCUACACUGCCAGGUAUGUGGGAAAGAACAAUAACUAUAGGAAGUGCUGGAAAAACAUACAGUGUAACUGGCUGGAAGCUUGGUUGGUCUAUUGGCCCCCAGAACCUGAUCAAGCAUUUGCAAGUUGUUCACCAAAAUACACUCUAUACUUGCCCAACUCCAUUACAGGAGGCUUUGGCACAAGCAUUUUGGAUAGACUAUAAACGCAUGGAUGACCCAGACUGCUAUUUUUACUCACUGUCUCGAGAGCUGGAAAGCAAGCGUGAUCGGAUGGCUGAGCUACUUCAAGAAGCUGGACUAAAGCCUGUCGUUCCAGAUGGAGGAUACUUUAUGAUUGUUGAUGUUUCUACAUUAAAUGUGGAUCUCUCUGAUGUAUAUGAGAAACAACCUUAUGAUUAUAAAUUUGUCAAAUGGAUGAUAACAUCUAAGAAGCUGUCAGCAAUUCCUCUUUCAGCAUUCUGUGGUCCUCAGACAAAAAGGCAGUUUGAAAAAUAUAUACGGUUUUGCUUCAUUAAGAAAGACAGCACGUUAGAUGCAGCUGAAGUGAUCCUGAAGAACUGGAGUAAACAGACAGCCUGAUAUUUCUUAUUAACUCUUCCAUCCGGUAUAAUUAUCUAAUAGUAGGGGGUUUUAUUGCAAAUUUAAGAACAAAUUACUUAAUACAGCACAGAAUUAAUAUGACAUUGUAAAUAACUUUGUGCUGCCACCUGCUGAGGAGUUAAACCAAUGAUUCAUUGAAAUAUUUGUAAUGCAACUCAGAGGUUAUUUUCAGUCUUUUCAAAAUCAUUUACUUUUUUUCCUAAAAAAAAUUAAAAUCUAGGGAAUUCACUUCUUUUACUGAAAGGCAAAAAUCUGUAGGACUUUGUGCAAAACAAAUAGAUGAUAUAGGUAUUUUAAAACUUACAAGAAGGAAGUGGGAGGUGCUUCUGGUGUGAGAUAGCAUAGGAACUAGGGGUGAGACUUAAAACAUCACGGUUUGUGAGACCCAAUUCCCUGCAGUGGAGGAAAAUUAAGAUAUCACAGAAUCACAGUCACAGGUUGGAAGGGACCUCAGGGAUCAUCUAGUCCAACCUUAAUAUGCCUCAUAUUAGAUAAUGGCAGUGACUUUCUACAUGCCUACCUACCCACCUACCCUGCCCAUGCACGAAUGGCAUCAGUUUAAAUAAAGUAAUUGAGGUAAACCAAUACAGUGUUUAUACUGUAGGCUUGAUUGAAGAGUUAUAAGUUGCACAAUUAAUAUUUUAUUUUCCUACAAUAGUCAUAUGUGCUGUUCAGUCCUCAAUAAAAUUAUUGAAGUGGCAUCUAGAAUAGGAAUUCUAUUUACUCAUGUCUACCUAUUUAUUUAUUUAUUACAUGGAUGAAUCGACAAAGCGAAAUAGAAGGCUUUGCUUUAGAGGCUCCUUCACAAUCAGAUGCAGAGUGGCAAUUAAGCCCGUCAUCCCUUUUCUUACCAUGUUCACAACAUUGGUAACUUCACACCAAACUUAUUUCAAACUCUUUAGAUCUAGGGGGAACAUGGAGAUGGGCCUAAUGUUGUGCUGUGGAGCUCAACUAACUUUGUUUCAAGCUCAGCUGAUAAAGGACUGUUUCAAGAGAGAUCAAUACAGAGAAUUCCAUUUUAGCUGUCUCCUAUUUCGCUUCUCUCUGCGAUCUUUCCAUCUGUGGAUGGGUUUCCCAUUAGCAGAAGCAAUCCAGGUAGGUAACCUUUCAAGGCUGUGUGUUACAUUCUCUACGUUGUUUCCCUAUUCUUCUCACAGGCCGUACGGCGGAAAGCCUGAACAAAUUAAGUAACUAGUUUUGCAAAUAUUUGACUCAUUCUGCGAUCACACAGCUGGAAUCUUAACUGAAUUCCGUCAGAGCCGUGGCUGGGGCUUGGCCUUGGGCUUUUGGGACUCCAUAGCUGGGACUUCUGUAGUCUUUGUCCCUCUCUUGCACUGCCGUUCCUUGAAUCUCACCAGAAGGUGGUUUGCUGGUAUUUUUAAGGUGGCGUGUAGGCUUUGUGUAGAAAAAUCAAUUCAGUAAUUAAAUGACUUAACUGAAAUUUCAGCAUGAAUUUCAUGUGGAAAUUCCUACACUAAAUUCCAGGAGGAACUAUUUUUUUAAGAUAUUAAAUUUCUGUGAAAUCCACGCUCUAUUUUACAAGGUGUUUAAAAUCUGUUUAUGUAAGUUGUACUGGGGAGCUGUGCUGUUGUAGGAACUAAGAGGGCGGUGCAACUGUCUGUUGAGCUGCUUGAUUCUUCGGGAAAUGAAAUUGUAAAAUGGUGUGCUGCUUUAAUAGAAAAAUAAAUUUUUAUAAAAAUAA